CAGUGAUAGCCCAUUUGAACGCCAGAACCAGGUGAGUUGACUUUCGGUUAUGGAUGAUAACAUCGACCUUAGUGGCGAGCAUUAAUGCUCAUUUCCUCCGGUGAAUGCUUAACGCUCUCCAGUAUACGGCUGUUGCCAUGGAUAGCCGAUUUGAGCGUUUGGUGUAAAAGCUACAGCAAGGUGUAUGCCAUUUGUUUUUAUGACAAAAAUACGCAAUUAGGCUAUAAUGAGCUGCUUGAUGUCGACUGCAAAGAGAUACUGCACUUUAUGCUUGCUUUCAACAAAUGAAUCAUGAAAUGUCGGCUAAAGGUGCCCGUUUAUGAAAAAAUGAGAGCACCCAUCCUUAGAACCAUAUCCGCUAUGAAGAGUGUCAACGCCUAGCAAAUUAGAGAAACAUAUAUCAUAUUGUCAAUGGUUUCGAUGAAUUAUCAUUCAGAAAUACAAAUUUAUAGACAGUAAUG